CGGCGUGACGGCGCCCCCCGGCUGCCCGCGCGGCCCCCGCUGCCCCCUCCGCGCCGCGCCGGCCGGGCGGCAGGAUGGGCUGCAUCCAGAGCAUCGCCUGCAAGGCGCGGAUCCGGCGCGAGAACAUCGUGGUGUACGACGUGUGCGCCGCCAUCGACCAGUGCCCCACGCGCAUCGAGGAGACCUCGCCCAUCGUCCUGCGCUACAAGACCCCCUACUUCAAAGCCUCGGCCCGCGUGGUCAUGCCCCCCAUCCCCCGCCACGAGACCUGGGUGGUGGGCUGGAUCCAGGCGUGCAACCAGAUGGAGUUCUUCAACACCUACAGCGACCUGGGCAUGUCAAGCUGGGAACUGCCCGACCUGAGGGAAGGGAGAGUAAAAGCCAUCAGUGACUCAGAUGGGGUGAGCUACCCUUGGUACGGGAACACCACAGAAACUGUGACCCUGGUUGGCCCCACCAACAAGAUCUCCAGGUUCUCCGUCAGCAUGAAUGACAACUUCUACCCGAGCGUGACGUGGGCAGUGCCAGUGAGUGACAGCAAUGUGCCACUGCUCACCAGGAUCAAGAGGGACCAAAGUUUUACCACCUGGCUGGUGGCCAUGAACACGACCACGAAGGAGAAAAUCAUUCUGCAGACCAUCAAGUGGAGGAUGAGGGUGGACAUCCAGGUGGACCCUCUUCAGCUCUUGGGGCAGCGGGCCCGGCUGGUGGGCAGGACUCAGCAGGAGCAGCCCCGGAUCCUGAGCCGGAUGGAACCCAUCCCUCCCAACGCACUAGUGAAACCCAAUGCCAAUGACGCACAGGUCCUCAUGUGGAGGCCCAAGCGGGGGCCGCCUCUGGUGGUGAUCCCCCCUAAGUAGCAGCAGACUGGCCUGACUGUGUGGGGAGCACAUGCCGCGGAGACACGCAGUGAGGCCACCAGGGGUGGCGGGAGCCAAACUGAGUUUCUGAGCCAAAGCAGACCUCUUGGUUCGCCAGCCUUUGCAGCCACUGGUGACGAGCAGCGCUGCUGCUUGGGUGGUAGAACCAUAAUCCUUAGGAAAAGUCCCCUCCUUUUAGGAAUCAAGAAAUCACCUGCUU